ACGAUGGUCGCACAAGAAUGUGAUACAGCCUCGGCGGCCGCCAUUUUCUUCCUUUCUUAGCAGUUGGCUGAGAGGUCCCUGCGAAGAAGCGGUAGCGGCCACUGUAGAGUAGGCAUGGCAGAUUAUUCAACAGUGCCUCCACCCUCCUCUGGCUCAGCUGGUGGUGGAGGCGGCGGCGGUGGUGGUGGAGGAGUUAACGAUGCUUUCAAAGAUGCGCUGCAGAGAGCCCGACAGAUUGCAGCAAAAAUUGGAGGUGAUGCUGGUACAUCACUGAAUUCAAAUGACUAUGGUUAUGGGGGACAGAAAAGACCUUUGGAAGAUGGAGAUGGCUCUUGGACAAGUCCGAGCAGUACAACACACUGGGAGGGAAUGCCCUCUCCUUUUAAAGAUCAGCCAGAUGCUAAGAAAGUUGCUCCUCAAAAUGACUCUUUCGGAACACAGUUACCACCGAUGCAUCAGCAGCAAAGCAGGUCUGUAAUGACAGAAGAAUACAAAGUUCCAGAUGGGAUGGUUGGAUUUAUAAUUGGCAGAGGAGGUGAACAGAUCUCACGCAUACAACAGGAAUCUGGAUGCAAAAUACAGAUAGCUCCUGACAGUGGUGGCCUUCCAGAAAGGUCUUGUAUGUUAACUGGAACCCCUGAGUCUGUCCAAUCAGCAAAACGGUUACUGGACCAGAUUGUUGAAAAAGGAAGACCAGCCCCUGGCUUCCAUCAUGGUGAUGGGCCAGGAAAUGCGGUUCAAGAAAUCAUGAUUCCAGCUAGCAAAGCAGGAUUAGUCAUUGGAAAGGGGGGAGAGACUAUUAAACAACUUCAGGAACGGGCUGGAGUUAAAAUGGUUAUGAUCCAAGAUGGACCUCAGAACACUGGUGCUGACAAACCUCUUAGGAUUACAGGGGACCCAUACAAAGUUCAACAAGCCAAGGAAAUGGUGUUAGAAUUAAUUCGUGAUCAAGGUGGUUUCAGAGAAGUUCGAAAUGAGUAUGGGUCAAGAAUAGGAGGAAAUGAAGGAAUAGAUGUCCCCAUUCCAAGAUUUGCUGUUGGCAUCGUAAUAGGAAGAAAUGGAGAGAUGAUUAAAAAAAUACAAAAUGAUGCUGGUGUUCGAAUUCAGUUUAAGCCAGAUGACGGAACGACACCAGAUAGAAUAGCACAAAUAACAGGACCUCCAGACCGAUGUCAACAUGCUGCAGAAAUUAUUACAGACCUUCUCCGAAGUGUUCAGGCUGGUAAUCCUGGUGGACCUGGACCUGGUGGUCGAGGAAGAGGUAGAGGUCAAGGCAACUGGAACAUGGGACCACCUGGUGGACUACAGGAAUUUAAUUUCAUUGUACCAACUGGAAAAACUGGAUUAAUAAUAGGAAAAGGAGGUGAAACCAUAAAAAGCAUAAGCCAACAGUCUGGUGCAAGAAUAGAACUUCAGAGAAAUCCUCCACCUAAUGCAGAUCCUAAUAUGAAGUUAUUUACAAUUCGUGGCACUCCACAGCAAAUAGACUAUGCUCGGCAACUCAUAGAAGAAAAGAUUGGUGGCCCAGUAAAUCCUUUAGGGCCACCUGUACCCCAUGGGCCCCAUGGUGUCCCAGGCCCCCAUGGGCCUCCUGGGCCCCCUGGGCCUGGAACUCCAAUGGGACCAUAUAACCCUGCACCUUAUAAUCCGGGACCACCUGGCCCUGCUCCUCAUGGUCCUCCAGCCCCUUAUGCUCCCCAGGGGUGGGGAAAUGCGUAUCCACAUUGGCAGCAACAGGCCCCUCCAGAUCCAGCUAAAACAGGAACAGAUCCAAAUUCAGCAGCUUGGGCUGCUUAUUAUGCUCACUAUUAUCAACAACAAGCACAGCCACCGCCUGCAGCUCCUGCCGGUGCACCAACUACAACCCAAACCAAUGGACAAGGUAACUAUGGAGAUCAACAGAAUCCAGCUCCAGCUGGACAGGUUGAUUAUACCAAGGCUUGGGAAGAGUACUACAAGAAAAUGGGUCAACAAGGGCAGACACAAGAUUAUUCAAAGGCUUGGGAGGAAUAUUACAAGAAGCAAGGUCAAGCAGUUCCUGCCCCUACUGGUGCUCCACCAGGUGGUCAGCCAGAUUAUAGUGCAGCCUGGGCUGAGUACUAUAGACAACAAGCAGCCUACUACGCCCAGACAAGUCCCCAGGGAAUGCCACAGCAUCCUCCAGCACCUCAGUGCCUUCCCAGACCUUCCACCUUAGGUUCUGCUGCAAAAAGCAACAGUGCUGAAGAUGCUGCAAGCACCAAAUCAUAGCUCAUAAAAUCAGGUCCUGAGAUAGUUACCCAUAAGAGGAAUCCUUUGAGUGUAUGCCAUUGGUGAGCCGAUGAGCAUGGACCAUAGAAGGGCUCAAUGUAGAAGAAACUACCCGUGUAAAAAGAAGAUUGGCUUAAAAUGGCUACUGUGAUGGGAACAGUGUCUUAGGGAGAUGCAGCUUGGACUUGAGGCUUGAUAUCAACAUCUUCUUCCUUUACAAAAAUGGGCCAAGAAUAAGAAUUGUUGUCUAAAAACCAACAAGAACUGAGAUGUUAAUAGUUCUGAAGAUGUCUAGGCACAAAAUAAUUAACAUGUUUGGUUAUGCCUAUUUGCCACACUGCAGACAUGGACAUUUUCACUAUCCCCCAAUUUGGGAAAGAUGAAAGUUUCAUUUGUGAACUAUUUUCUUAACUAUUGGAAUCCUUUUCUCCCAGUGUAAAGAUCAUACAUUAUCUCUGGAGUCCUGGUGUAUUUAUUUGCCCAACCAAAUCUCAGUGCUUGUUGAUAAUGAGUAACAGAAAAGGGUGAGGAUAUGAUACAUUGUUAACAAUUAUUAAAAUACUUCCUUCUCGUUAGAGUCUCCAUAUCACUCUUCACCCUACUACAUAAUACAGAAAUGUAAUUUGUUAUUUCCCACUUCAUGAUUUCUUUCCUCGCUCUUUGUUAAUAACUGAGAUGAAUUCCAUUCAACAAAUAAUUUAUUGAUGGGCAAUGGCAAAGAAUGUUUUCAGGGAGAAUAAACAGGAAGACAACUAUUGAAAGAGGCAAUGGUGGAACUUGGGGAAAUCAUUGAGGUGAA